AUGAAUCUCGAGAGGAAGAGCAUCCAUAAUUACAAGUUUGUGGAACCUCCAUUGGCUGUAUUGAGAGGGCUUGGGGCACAUUUAGACCUGACUCAUAAAGACUCCUUCAAGGAAACGCAUGGUAACCUGCUGGGAAUUCUGAACACCGAGGUCAACAUCACCGUUGUGCACACCUUGGUGCAGUUCUAUGAUCCACCACUGAGGUGCUUUACUUUCCAAGACUAUCAGCUAGCGCCGACACUUGAAGAUUAUUCUCAUAUUUUAGGUAUCAGGAUAAAGAACCAGGUGCCUUACAUCCACACUAAGGAACUUCCUGAAUAUCGAGAACUUGGUGAAGCUCUACAUAUAGGAAAGAAGGAGAUAAAGUUGAACCUGAAACCAAAAGGUGAAGUCCAUGGCUUCACCUCUAAGUUUCUCGUAGACAAAGCUAUCACUUUCGUUGAAGCUGGAAGCUGGACGGCCUUCAAUGCCCAUCUAGCUUUACCCAUCUAUGGGAUUGUGCUGUUUCCGAAUAUGGAAGAGUUCGUAGACUUGGCUGCUAUUCACAUCUUCUUGACUCAGAACCCGAUUCCCACUCUCCUUGCUGAUACUUACUAUUCUAUUCACGUAAGGACCCAGAAGAAGAAAGGGACUAUCGUCUGUUGCACCCCUUUAUUGUAUAGAUUGUGUAUUUCACAUAUACCCAGUGAAGGCCCUUCGUUGAGAACGAAGAUAAUCUGA